GCUUCAUGGGAAAUGUGGAAAGCGAUCUUAAACCCCGACACGAGGCCAGUUGCUUGGUCAAAAGCCAAGAGAUAUCAGUAGGUAUCAUCUUGGUCGAACCAUCCACUUAGCUCUUGUCCAUCAGGAGCCUGAUGUCCGAAUCUUGGAUAAAGCGGAACUUACACGCAUCUUUGAUCCUAAGAUGCACACCCUAGCCGAAGCGCUUUGGCGUCAUUAUUCAAAACGGGAUUCCGUCGAUCGAAUGGAGCGUGGAAAGCUUAUCCAAGAACUAUGUAACCAUGAAGAUAAAAUGCUUUUCUUCGUUAAAGUCGCUGCUUGGCCUCAUCAGCAAAUCGAGGAGAAAAGUCUUCGUCUUCUCCUAUCGUGGCUAUCAUAUGGGGAGACCCUAACGCCCCCUCUAGAGGCGGCGUUGUUGAGAAUAUGCCUCCCUCUUACGCAACCUUUAGAUGCAUCUGUUAGUGCUGUUGCCGCCCGUAUCUCACCGCUUCUUUCUGAUGUCGCAGAUGAUCUUGCGAAGAUCAUUGUAUGCACUCUAAAAUCGAGUGAACCAGUGUCUCUCGAAUUUCACGUUUCAUCGGGAUUUACUCCUAUCAUGACCCCCGAAGUACUCUGGCUCCUCUCUAUCACUUUGACUUCUCCGUUUAAACGGCCGUGUGUUUCCCGUCUGCGUUACAGUUCUCCUCUGGAGAUAGAACAAUUGGCCCACAUACAUCUACUUUACGAUAGUAGUUCUCACGGUUUCAGUGUCACGAGGAUCAAGGAAUUGGCUUUCGAUUACGACGGUCCACUUAUACUGUUUCUGAGAGCCGAAAAAUACCUUUUCUGUCUGGCUAGUGACCAAGGUCUAAAGGACUCCUUGAGAACGUUUGGCGCGGAGAAUUCGCUGCUGCUGCAAAUCCAGCCGGAUUUCAUAAAACUGGUCUCUGGUCGUUCACCCAAAUUGGCCGGACCAGCCGCCGAAACUGGAAUUAUCUAUGCCAACUUCACCGCAAGAUCUGCUCGCCGGGGCCUGUUGAUCGGUCACCAGCCACUUGCCUCUCCAGUCGUUGAAGUGAACGAAGGUUUCACUGAACUGCGGUUUGCCGGGGGCCCUCCAAUGAAGCUCAUGACAGUGGAGAUAUGGGCCGCUGGAUCUCCUGAUUCACUGACGAAACUCCAAGCACAGAAAGCGUGGGACCUCGCACAAAUCAAAAAGGAGAAAAAUCGAAAGGUGCUCCAGGACGAAGACUGGCGAGACACGACAGACAGGCAAAUUCUCAGCAUGGCUGGAAUCAAAGUCAACUACUCUACCAACCUUGAGCUGCAUGAGGCAGAAGUAUUUACUGGAAUUCGCAACGGUAACCAACAGCUGCAAGAUAACAAUCUGUGAAUAUCUCUUUUAAUCAGUCGGAAAAACAGGUGACCGAAGACCCAUCGGUUUUGUUCUUUCUCUAUAACCUAAUAAGCCACAUUCUUUCGAUGUUUAUUUCAUUUCGAAACACUUGGGUAACGUUUCGACAAUAUUACACUGACCUCCCGUAUCAA